GAUAGUCAACUAGUUAACGCAAGUCACCUCCGCAGCUCGGAGUCCUGUUCCCAGUGUGUUUUUACUUCAAGACGCCCCACUGAUGCUCACGUCCACGACGCCGCCCGCUCGUCUCGGAACCACUGCCUCUGUGAUGGAUCUCCAAAGCUGUCUGAAAACCACCCUGAAGAAGAAAUAUCAGAAACUAAAUGAGGACUCCUCAGAAAAGUUUUUAUUUCCAUCAAGACUUUGCAAUCGAAAGCUCAAGCACGACUACCUGCUAUCCAAUUUGCACCAGCACGAGUUUAGAUAUGUUGACAAUUCUGACCUUCAUAGUUGGGCUUUUUAUGAAACCGUCCCGCUCGCCGAUAUUUUAUCGUGCGAGUGCAAACAUAACAGCAGCCAAAAAACGGUCGUCACCUUAGGAGUGUGCGGAGUUGGCAAAACCACAACAGUGCGGAGCUGUGCUCUGGAGUGGGCCGAGGGGAAAGGUUACCGCGACAUCAAGCUCCUGUUUCCUCUCACGUUCUGGGAGCUGAACUUGCUAAGAAGUAAAUUGAGCCUCAUUGAACUCCUCCACACGUUUUAUCCUGAAUUGAAGGAGCUCGACUUCUCCUGCCUGAAUGAAAACAACGUGUGGUUUGUCCUCGAUGGACUGGAUGAGUAUCAUCGCCCGCUAAACUUCUGCUGUCCAACUGUGACUGAUGCUUCUGAGGUAUCCACAGUGGAUAAUAUAGUGACCAGUUUGAUCAGGGGGAACUUACUUCCCAGUGCUCAUAUAUGGAUAACGAGCCGAGUUGCAGCGAUGAAUCAAAUCCCCAGUUGCCAUGUCCUUAAAGUGACUGCGGUUCAAGGGUUCAGUCAUGAACAGAAGGAGCAGCUCUUCGGGAGAGUGAUGGGUAAUGAGGAUCUGGCCAAUAAAGCCUUCAACCACGUGAAAAUAUCGAGGAGUCUGAACUUUCUCUGUCAGAUACCUGCGAUCUGCAUGAUCAUGGCAAACGUGCUGAAGGAUCAUUUAAAACCAGAGACUGGGUAUACAAUCAAUCCCCUUAAUUUAACCCAGAUGUACACAAAUCUGGUCAAAGCAUCGAACCCGGACAUUGUUGCCAAGCUGAAAAAGCUGGCACUGCGUCGCUUGGGAACGGCUCAUGUCAUGUACGAGUCUGAGUUUCGAGAGAGUGACCUCAGUGUUGAGGAAGCGUCCACUUUCUCCAAGGAGUGUCCUCUGGCGUUGAGAGAAGAGACGGGGCUCCGUAACACCACAGUGUUUCGCUUCGGUCACUCGAGCAUUGAGGAGUUCUUGGCUGCGUCUGCUGAACUGGAUCGUUUUGAAACGGGUCCGGCCUACUCUAACCAUUGUCUGGGUCUGGUGGACCAGGUGGUGCAGCAUGCUGAUGGAAAGAAGGAUGUCUUCCUGCGCUUCAUCUUUGGCCUCCUUAAGGAACGUGGCAUGCUGGAGCCCACUGAUCCGCUGUUUGAGCAAACCAAAAAGAAGAUCCUGCAGAACAUUCUGUCCUACAGCGGUGUGACCUUGUUCCACUGUCUGAGGGAGUACGACAGCCAGGCUUUACUGGGAGAGGUCAAGUUCUACCUGAACAACGGCUUCUCUCCGUUCCAUGAGUUCUCGGAAACACAUUGGAAUUAUAUGAUGCAGAGGACCAGCCUUUUUGAAGGGAUGAGGGAGAGUUUUGAGAUGAAGUUGUCCACGAGAUGUGAUGAGAGACUCCUCAAGCACCUGACGGAUAUUUUGAAGUCCAAGAAAGCCAUGCUGCGAUUCUCCAACCUGACCGAUAAAUGUUGUCCAGCCUUAGCGGCAAUCUUGAGCACAAAAGAGUCCUACCUGAGGGAGCUGGACCUCGGAUACAACACCAUCAGUGACGAUGGAGUCAAGGAGCUUGUGGAGGGGCUGAGUGACCAAAACUGCCGGCUGAAGAUCGUAAGGCUGCCGGGCUGUGGAAUAACCUCGCAUGCCUGUGAAUUCCUGGCCACGGCCCUGAGACGGUCCCUGAAACUCCAAGAGUUGGAUCUCAGCGUGAAUGAAAUAGGAGAUGACGGAAUGAAACAUCUGGCAGAUGGUUUGAGAUCUCCUGAAUGCAAGAUAGAAACACUGAGACUAUCACAGUGCAACAUUGAGCAAAAGGGCUGCUAUCAUCUGGCCUCAGCUCUGCAGAAGAACUCCACCAACCUGAAAGUGUUGGAUCUGAGCAUCAACAUGGUCGGAGACAAAGGCGCCAUUGAACUCUUUAAGAAAUGUGAUAUAUCGAAGCUUACAAAGCUGGAGAUGUACCACUGCGGCCUCACUGUGUUAAGCUGCAGAGGAAUCGGCGAAGCUCUGAAGUUCGAAAACAGCAACCUGGCUGAGCUCAAUUUGAGCAACAACAACUUGAAAGACGCAGGUUUUGAGCUCAUCUGCAAGGGCAUGUACGCGUGGUGUAGUUUGGAAAAACUCAAUGUGUCGAGAUGUGGAAUCACUGGACAGGGUUGCAGUUAUCUGGCGACUGUGCUGUGUUCAGUCUCCCAGCUCUACAGGGGGUCGUUGAGAAAAACCGACUGGCAAGCAGUGGAGCUGGAACACCUGGACCUCAGCAUGAACUGCCUCAGAGACAACGGAGCCAAAGAAAUCUCAUCUGGACUGAAGAAUCCACUGAGUCAUCUGAAAACGCUCAACCUGAGCGACUGCAGCCUGACUGAGGACUGUUGUCCAGAGCUCGCGUCAGGGCUCGCUUCAAAGGAGAGCGUUAUCGGGGAGCUGGACCUGUCGGGCAAUAACCUUCAAGAUAAGGGAGUGAAGAAACUCUGUGUGGGACUCAGAAGCCCUCAAUGUAAACUUGAGAAGUUGUCGCUGAGCACCUGUGGCCUGACCUCGAAGAGCAUUCCGUUCCUGACCGCUGCCCUGAAGUCAAACCCCAAACAUCUGGCGGAGCUGCAUCUGAUGGGCAACAAUCUGGAAGACUCGGGAAUCAGAGUGCUUCUGGAACUAACAACGAACCAGAAAUACUGCCUCAAUACAAUAGAUGUCUCGGCAGACUGAGGAGAGAACAGGACACACGGUCACGCUUUCUCAAACCUUCUCAAAGUAUUUCAAGUGCCUCAUGUUCUCUGUUUAAAAGAGACAUUAUACACCCAAAAUGUAAUUCCAAAAAUGUAAUCCGUAAUAUUACUUUGUGAUGAUUUAUUGUUUUUUAUUAUAUUUGUUGUCUUUUUUCUAAACUUGCUUACAUGUGCUUUCCUAGGAUGCAGCGCAUAGAUGCUUAAGAUCAUCUGAGAAAAGUGAUUCAAAAAUGUCUGAUGAAUGUUUUCAAAACUGUCCAAAACUAAGUUUUAAAUACAAAGUUGUCAUAAGCGGAACACUACACAGCCACCUCUCAGCUUAUACAGGACUGUCUCAGAAAAUUAGAAUAUUGUGAUAGUUCUUUAUUUUCUGUAAUGCAAUUAAAAAAACAAAAAUGUCAUGCAUUCUGGAUUCAUUACAAAUCAACUGAAAUAUUGCAAGCCUUUUAUUCUUUUAAUAUUGCUGAUUAUGGCUUACAGCUUAAGAAAACUCUAAAAUCCUAUCUCAUAAAAUUUGAAUAUUUCCUCAGACCAAGUAAAAAAAAGAUUUAUAACAGCAAAACAAAAUCAAACAUUUGAAAAUGUGUUUCCAGGUGUUUCGAGUUAAUUAGACGAUUCAAGUGAUUUGUUUAAUACCCUACUAGUAUACUUUUUCAUGAUAUUCUAAUAUUUAGAGAUAGGAUAUUUGAGUUUUCUUAAGCUGUAAGCCAUAAUCAGCAAUAUUAAAAGAAUAAAAGGCUUGCAAUAUUUCAGUUGAUUUGUAAUGAAUCCAGAAUGCAUGACAUUUUUGUUUUUUUAAUUGCAUUACAGAAAAUAAAGAACUUUAUCACAAUAUUCUAAUUUUCUGAGAUAGUCCUGUAUAUGGUGGUAUGUUGGCGCAGUUCAGGCCAUCACAUUGCUUAAGAAAUGUACAAAAACAAUAACAUUGUUGCAGUAAUGCAACAUGUGUCAAAGAGGAUUCAAAUGCAUAAGAAAGUAUGCAAAAAGACUCCAUUAAACCCGAUGGUGCUCAAGAUUUUGAAAUGUAAAAUGUAAGUAGUUGCACUGUAAGUAAUACUAUUACCAUAAAACUUUGUACACAU